GAGCUGAGGGGGCCAGUGACGUAACACUGGGCUAGUUAGCCCUUAUCUGCCUUCAUAAAGCAAAAUGUGCAUUUUUACAAAAAAAAGGGAAAAUCUCUCCACAUAUCCACCCAUGCACUGAUCCCCCAGCACAGCCCUAUCCUAAAUAUUUUACCUGUUGAGGUAACCUAGGUUGACCCCACGGCGCAUGUAUUUUUCCCACAUCAGUGAAGAGGCUGGCUUGAAAAAAAAAAAAAAAAGGAGCACCUAAAGAUAUUAAUGCGCACCUUUCAUAACCCUCCCUCAUUCAUUUGAUUUUUUUUUUUCUGAAGGCUGCUUUUUUUUUUUCUUUGCACGACCAUCCGAUACCCCCAAAUCCUUGUCAUUUCUCCCUAGCCUGUCUUGCAGGAGAGGAUUGAUGGAUACAAAUCGCGUGUGAAAGCCUCACCAGCGGGAUUUUAAGGAAUUUGCCUGUGGUGUUAAGGGAAGGAACAGUAUAGAGAGACUGACAGAGAGCUCUACCUACCGACUGAUACAAGAGAAUCCAAGCAGCCACACACUCAGGCACUAUGAGACGUCUGUGAGAGUCUCCAAAUAACCCCCCCUUCUGAUAGCAAGGAAAAAAAAAUCCCCCUUACAAACAAAAACAGGACCUUAAGACAAGCCCAGGGGACAGUCUUUCAUUGAUCUUCCCCAGAAUUAAAGACUGCAUUUUUUUGUUGCAUUGUUUUACUGUAUUGUUUUUAUCUUUUUUAUUAGUAAGGAGGGGGGUGCUGCAUUCUGUCUUUAAUGCAAGAGCCAUGAGUUCCUAUUUUGUAAACCCUCUCUUCUCCAAGUACAAAGGCGGUGAGUCCUUGGAGCCAACUUACUACGACUGUCGGUUUCCACAAAGUGUCAGUAGGAGCCACGCUUUGGUGUAUGGUCCGGGGACUACAGCUCCAGGCUUCCAGCAUCCGUCACAUCAUGUCCAGGAGUUCUUCCACCACGGCACUUCCAGUAUCUCCAACACUGGCUACCAGCAGAAUCCGUGCGCCCUGACCUGCCACGGAGACGCAUCCAAGUUUUAUGGCUACGAAGCCUUACCAAGGCAGUCUCUGUAUGGUGCCCAGCAAGAGGCGAGCGUGGUGCAGUACCCUGAUUGUAAAUCCUCCUCUAACACUAGCACUAGCGAAGGACAAGGCCAUUUAAACCAGAAUUCGUCUCCCAGUCUUAUGUUUCCAUGGAUGAGACCUCACGCCCCAGGAAGACGCAGUGGCAGGCAGACAUACAGCCGGUACCAGACACUGGAGCUGGAGAAGGAAUUCCUCUUCAACCCCUACUUGACGCGGAAGCGACGGAUUGAGGUCUCCCACGCCCUGGGACUAACUGAGAGGCAGGUCAAAAUCUGGUUUCAGAACAGGAGGAUGAAAUGGAAAAAGGAGAACAACAAGGAUAAACUACCCGGCUCCAGGGAUGAAGAGAAGGCAGAGGAAGAAGGGAACGAGGAAGAAGAGAAAGAGGAGGAGGAGAAGGAGGAAAGCAAGGAGUGACUGUCCUGAGUGUGAGUGAGUGAGGGAGUGAGUGAGUGAGUGAGUGAGUGAGUAUGUGAGUGAGUGUCUGUGUGUGAAUUACCAAUGACUGUGGGUGUAUGUGCUCAAUUCCUCCUAAAACUCUCGUUUUAUGGUCCAUGUAAAACCGAGACGUUUAUGAUGCUCAUGUGAACUAGGGGGCACAACAUUAACUACCUGUCACAGUAUCCAGCCUUCAUCUUCUGGUCAGGACUACCCUUUGCAUUUUGCUGUGGUUUGUGUGGGAAAUAAAGGGGGCAUUUGCAUUACCUUCUUAUUUAUGUCCUUCAAGUCCUGAGAAAUAGGCUAAUAACUUAUACACACGUGAAGGAAGCAUACAGGGUCUACUAGUAUGAUUUCCAGCAGACUGACAUUUCUUUCAGCCAGAAUAGUAUUAAUUCCUUUUUAUGUGAAAUAAAACUACCUAUUCCCUUGUUUAGAGGUGCAUUGUUUGAUGGCCUCAUAAUGUAACCUGUGUUUAUUUAGAUUUAUGUAUUCAUAUAUGGGAAGGGGGGCAAUGCAUACCCUAAUAUGUUAUUUUGUUUUUUGUUAUCGUUACUAUGUAUUUGUUCAUGUUUCCUAUAAUGAUGUCCAUAUAGCUCUAUAUGUCUCUGCAGCUGUCAAAGUCAAACUUGCCAGCAGAAGGGACUCAUCCCAAAUUAUUUGGAAGCAGAGAGUGUGCACAUGGCUCAUACUAAGCAACAGCAACAUAGUUAAAUAUAUAGCUUCUAUGACAGGCCACAACACUUGUGAGAUAAUUCUCUUAUUUAAUCCCCUAUAUUGUUACUUUAUGGGUUUAACUUUGCUGUGUGAGCACUUAAAUCCUCCAUUAACUACCUAAAGGGAUCAGGCAAUAACUAUCUUACUUAUAACACAUGUGGGGGUAUAUAUAUAUAUAUACAUAUAUAUAUAUAUAUAUGCCCCAUACAGUAUAUAGUCAGAGUUACAAUGACUGGCUGUGAUGCCCAAAAUGCAAGCUACUGAGUAGCCAAUGCAAACUAAGACUUGCAAUGUACCUUAUAACUACCUAAAGAAGGAGAUAUGCUAUCGGGAAGUAUUUGUAAUGCAUUUUUAUGUUGUUUCUUGCUGCUUUUAUCCCAACAACUGAAACUGCCUAGAUGGACGCACAUAUUUGUGUUUCUUUUAUUGUGCUUUUAAAGUAGUUUAGGACUAAAUUGCACUGAAUGUAAAGUUAACUAUUUGUCUUGACCCUAUCUGUUACCGCAAAAGCUUGAGAUAUAAAAAAAGGAAAAAAAUACAACAAAAGAAAAAAAAAACAUAAAAGAAAAAAAAAUGAAUAAAGAAAAUGGUCUUUGUUUUAUUUCUGUAUCAGCUUAGUUAAGCGUGUUCAAACUAUGAAUGUAAGCAGAUGAACCAUGAACCUGUUUCGGACAAAAUAACAUUUGUAUUGUAUACGUGAUACAUUCAAUGACGAUGAUAUUAUAAUAACAAUAAUAAAAAAAGAACA